UUGUACCAACAAUCCUGUACGUAAUGUGACGAUGUACGAAAAGCUGUCGUUCUUGCCUGAGCCAACACCAGAUGCAAGUGGGGCACAUUAUUUGCCAUUUAAGGAGGCUACUAAGGCUCGUGAUGUGGUCAGGUGUGUCGAAUGCCGUAAACCCAGGGUUGUGUACAGUCCAAGUAAAACAGACAGAGAACAGGAUGCUCUACUUCGAAGGAUGAAAGAGGAGAAUCUGUACGUCUGUGGUGAUCCCAUGGCAGAUGAUUCAGGUCUGGUCACACUGAGGGCGAGUAACUGCACGUCAGAUGUUGAAAUUGCGUAUUACAGUUCAGGUUUCAGCAAAGUUGUGCCACCAGUAUGUUGUUAUUGUGGAACUGAAGAUUAACUAUUGGAUGACAAUCAUGUCUACAUUCAGGAUAUGUACACAAAAUUCGCCAA